UUCACGAAAAAUUUAUGCACGAAAAAGAUAGCAUCGGAAACGGAAAACGAGUCUUCACCCUUUCCAUAAAUUUGAGCAUUUUCAUUCCUUUUAUUCGUUUUGUUUCCAGUGAAGUUCGAUUGAAACCCUAGAAACCAAAUCUUGCCCCUCUUAUCAAUGGCGUCAUCAUCCUCUUCACUGCCAACGCCAACUUCACUCUCACUCGAGCAUGAACUUUCUCCCGAACUACUCCCUACUCCAAACUAUAAAAAUAAGCUGAUUGAGUUUACACAGAGGGCAAACAUGGCAAUGCCGGAGUACCAAUCGCAUAAUGAGGGAGCAAGUCAUGCACCUGAGUUUAGAUGCAGUGUGUUGGCUGAUGGAUUGGUUUUCACUGUGCCAAAUAAGUUCUUCCAUCGAAGAGCUGCUGAGCAGGAAGUCUCCAGGGUUGCGUUGGAGUACCUGGUUAAGAAGAUUAAGGACGAAGGGCGUGCUAUGAUUUCGAAGAGUGUUACGUUUUGCAAGGGCUUAAUGAAUGAGUAUGCUUUAAAGCUCAGUGUAAAACCACCUAUAUACAACACUGUGGAGUAUGAAAAAGUGUUUCCAUAUUUUGUAUGUACUAUGGAAUUUAACUGUACAAGUUACACUGGAGAUCCAGCUAGAAGAAAAAAGGACGCGGAGGAUUUAGCAGCUCGUGCAGCUAUUCUUUCGAUCAUAGAUAGUUCCGACUCGGGGAUUAUGCUGGUUCAGAUGAUCAAGACAAAAUCUCAGCUCUUUAAUGCAGUCCUAUCAAAAACCUUGCUGCCCACUUGUGAUACUUUAAUUGUCUCACCCAUAGAAAAGACUGCACUUUCCUGUGAGCUUGUCCAAGGAUUGGAUGAUAAAGACAAGGGCAUUGCUGUUCCUGCGGGUAGUGAUAAUAUUAAUUCGAUUCAAACCGUACGUACCAAGCCUGGCCCAGUUAUUUCCACACCUCAACAGCCUGUGAUGCCAAAUCCUGAGCCAGCACCUGAAGCUGCAAAGUCUCCAAAUGGUUCUCCAGCACCUGAAGCUGCAAAGUCUCCAAAUGGUUCUCAGCAACCAGACAAUGCACUUCCUAUUGAUAAUGCUGUGAGUGCUAAAAAGCGUAAAAGGAACAACCACAAGGCUAAUAAGAGGGAACGAAUGAAAGCUCAGUUAAAAGCUUUACCUAGCGGCCAAGCUGCUUCUUCUGUGGCACAGUAACUAGCUGGAAGUGUGAUGGAGUUCUGUAAUGCAUUGUGCAAUGUUAAUGCCAAUAUGAGUAUCCUGUUGAUGAGAUGCUGAGUCUCAAACUUUUUUUGAGAACGCACAGAUUCUUGUACUCUGCUGAACUAGAACUCUAGCUGGAAGUAGUUAAAGGCUUUGAAGUCUUUACUAAAUAGUUAUUACGUUAUAGUUAUGUUGUAGUUUAUUUUCAAGUUCCUAGAUGUGACUCAACUCGGUUUAAGUAUCUGUUUGUUAUGGCCGUAAAUUGGACGCUGCUGUGCAUUUAAAAAAGAAGCUUUCAUUUUUAA